UCCGGGCAGGACCCGCCCACGAACAGACCCACCCCACCGUGGUCCCCCGACACCGCUGCCGCUCCGCAGCCCCCCGUGCGGGACGCAUCGGGCGAGCUGCCCCUCUCCCUCUCAGCUUCCGGAGGGACCCGGGCUGAGCGCCCCGCCCCGCCCCGCCCCGCCUCUUCCCUCGCCCGACCCCGCGCCCUCAGUGUCCCGGCCGCGCCAGACUCGACAUGCUGCCCGACUGCCUGUCGGCCGAGGGCGAGCUGCGCUGCCGCCGGCUGCUGGCGGGGGCCACGGCCCGGCUCCGCGCGCGGCCCGCGUCGGCCGCGGUGCUCGUGCCGCUCUGCUCAGUGCGUGGGGUCCCGGCGCUGUUGUACACGCUGCGGUCCAGCCGCCUGACCGGGAGGCACAAGGGCGACGUCAGUUUCCCAGGUGGCAAGUGCGACCCGGCUGACCAAGACGUGGUGCACACGGCCCUGCGGGAAACCCGGGAGGAGCUGGGCCUGGCAGUGCCCGAGGAGCACGUGUGGGGCCUGCUGCGGCCUGUGUAUGAUCCGAAAAAGGCCACUGUGGUGCCAGUGCUUGCUGGUGUAGGCCCACUGGAUCCCCAGAGCCUCAGGCCCAACUCGGAGGAGGUAGAUGAGGUGUUUGCACUGCCGCUGGCCCACUUCCUGCAGACGAAGAAUCAGGGCUAUACCCACUUCUGCCAGGGUGGCCACUUCCGCUACACACUACCCGUCUUCCUGCAUGGACCACACCGGGUCUGGGGCCUCACAGCUGUCAUCACCGAGUUUGCUCUGCAGCUGCUGGCACCUGGUACCUACCAGCCCCGCCUGGCUGGCCUGAGCUGCUCAGGGGCUGAGGGUCUGGCCCACCCUAAACAGCCUCUGGCUUCACCCUGCCAGGCCAGCUCCACUCCAGGACUGAAUAAAGGUCUUUGACAGCUCUA